GGCGGGUUUGCUGAUGGCAGCAGCGGCGGUGCCGGAGGAGGAGGGGGAGCAGGAGCAAGUAGCGGAGGCGCUACUCGCAGCAGCAUCCAAGUGGCAGUCCGUCUGAGGCCGCUGUGCGAGAAGGAGCGGCUGCGUGGCGACCGGGCAGGCUGGGCAUCCGAGCGGGACGGCACCGUGGGGCUGGUGGACCCCAACACGGGGGCCUUCACGCCAAAACACAGGUUCGACACGGUGUUCGGCCCCGAGGCGGGCAACUCCGAUGUGGCUGGCGCGCUGGCGCUGCCGCUGGUGGGCCCCGCGCUGUCGGGCGUGAACGGCACCAUCUUCGCGUACGGAGUCACCAGCAGCGGCAAGACGCACACCAUGAUGGGGACGGAGGGGGAUCCGGGCAUCGUACCGCGCGUGGUCCGCGAGCUGUUUUCGCAAAUUGCAGCUGCGGCGGCGGCAGGGCAAGCCGGCUCCAGCUUCAUCCACGGCUGCUCACCGUGUCCCUCGCCUGCCGGCCCCGGCGGCCCCCGCUCCUUCAGCGUGCGCAUGUCCAUCAUGGAAAUAUACAAUGAGAUUUUAAAUGACCUUCUAGAUCCCAGCCGAGCAAACUUGAAGGUCCGCGAGGACGCUCGCAGCGGUCUGGUGGUGGUGGAGGGGCUCACGGAGCAGCCGGUGGCGAGCGCUGAGCAGGCUCUGGAGCUGAUACACCGCGGCGACCACAACCGCAAGGUCAGCGCCACCGCUUUCAACGAGGACUCCAGCCGCUCCCACACCAUCACCCGCAUCAUCGUGGAGUCGACGCCCCUGCAACAGCCCUUUGACGCAGCAGCCGCUGCGGGUGCUGACCCGCCGCGACCCGUGGGUCGCCGCACCACCGCUUGCCUGUGCCUCAUUGAUCUUGCGGGCAGCGAGUCGGCUAAGGCCGUGGUCAGCAAGGGACAGCGAAUGGAGGGGUCGUACAUCAACCGCUCGCUGCUCACCCUCGGGACGGUUAUUCACAAGUUGGCGGCGGGCGCGGCGGGACAUGUGCCCUUCCGAGACUCCAAGCUUACGCGACUGCUGCAGCCCAGUCUGUCCGGCCCAGGCGCCCGCGUGGCGGUGGUGUGCAACGUCACUCCCGCCAUGGGCCAGAGUGACGAGACGGCCAACACGCUCAAAUUCGCGGCACGUGCCAAGCUGGUGCAGGUGACCGCCCGCACCAACGAGGUGCUGGACGACCGCACCCUGCUGCGGCGCUACCAGAAGGAGGUGGCGGACCUCAAGCGUCAGCUCGCGGAGGCGCGCAGGC